AUGGCGCGCCAAGUCUACGCUCACUACAUGGUCGGCUUGACCAACCUACAAGAGCUCUCCCAAUGGCAAAAAGACAUGACCGACGCCAAGGCCGUGGGCAUCGACGGCUUCGCCCUCAACAUCGGCCCCGUCGACUCGUGGACCGACACGCAGCUCGGGCUGGCGUACCAGGCGGCCGCGGAGCUCGGCUUCAAGCUGUUCCUGUCGUUUGACAUGGCGUCGACGGAGAAUAUCUGGGCGGUGCAGAGCGUCGUCGACCUGGUCAAUGACUUCAAGGCGGAGACGGCGCAGGUGCUGGUGGAUGGGAAGCCCAUGGUCAGCACGUUUGAGGGUCCGACAUGGGCUGAUAAUUGGGCUUCCGUCCGCAGCCAGACCGGCGAUAUCUUCCUCGUGCCAGAUUGGAGCAGUCUGGGUCCGUCAGGGGUUGCGGAUAAGUUGAGUAUCAUUGACGGAGCGUUCUCGUGGGCUGCCUGGCCCGAUGCCGGUUCGACGCAGAUGACGACAGACCAGGACCUUCUGUACAAGGGCGCUCUUGGUGAGAAGCCGUACAUGAUGGGUGUUAGUCCGUACUUUUACGUCAACCUCCCCAACUGGGGCAAGAACUGGUACUCCUCCAGCGAGUCCCUGUGGUACGAUCGCUGGCAGCAGGUGCUGGACGUGAUGCCCGAGUACAUCGAGAUCAUCACGUGGAACGACUUCAGCGAGUCGAGCUACAUCGCCGACAUUGUGACGGCGCAGGUCGUCUCGGGCGCCGAGGUGUAUGUUGACGGCUUCGACCACUCGGCCAUGCGCAGCGUGCUGCCGUACUUUAUCAAGGCGUACAAGGCUGGCAGCAAGAACGUCGAGCUGCCGGGCGACGAGACGGCCAUCGCGUGGUACCGGACGACGCCGGCGACGGCGGGCGGCGACGCCGGCACGGUGUGGGGCCAGGGCGGCUCCGAGUCGGCGAGUGUCGGCGCCCGGGACGUCGUGUCCGUCAUCACCAUCACCGUCGACGAGACCGAGUUCCAGAUUUCCAUUGGCGACGCGAGCCAGACGUUCCUGGCCAACGGCACCGCGAACCGCGUCAACUACUUUGAGAUGCCCUUCAACGGCGCCCUGGGCGAUGUUUCGCUGACCAUGAACGGGAAGACGUCGACGGGACCGGCUAUUUCCAACACCCUUCCUAGCACGGGCUACGUCAACUUCAACGCGGCGGCGAUUCAGCUGUAG